AAUAUCGUCACGCCCGUCACGCGAAUGUGAGGAAAGUGGUGAUCGUUGCGCAGACUGCGCCGAAAACAAACACCUAGCAAUUCAGCAUGAGCGAAAAGGAGGAUUUGAUCAACUACGGAGUGGUUUACGCGCUGCAGCACACCGUGCUGUGGGUUUUCGGAUGGUCCGAGCUAAGCUACGUUGGUCUCCACCGAUCGAAAAGCCGGCAAAAUGAUCCCCAGUCAUCGGAUGGACAAACGGUAGGAACGAACUCGAAACCGUUGCAUCGAUGGCUGACCGGUGGGUUGCAGUUCAUUACAGCGAUAGCCGCGUUUCUCGCCGCUUAUCGCAUGGUUUACGAUUCGAAGGGACCGGUGCGUUCCAUUAUUGAAGCAAUCUCGAUGCUGACCGUGUUCGGCCUCCAGAUGUACUCCACGCGUCACCGUGUGGAUCACGUUUUUCUGUUCUCAUUCUGGGCAGUGCGCCUGCUGGCGCUAUCGAUGGAGCUCAGCGACUGGUGGAACACCUACGACGUGUUCCAGAUCACGCUGGCCUUACUGUGGCUCGCCACGUGCAGCGUGCUGGCAGUGAAGAGUUGCUCGGUGCACCACGAUACCCAGCCGGAACCGAAUCUCAUCCGGAAACUGUACUUCUCGUGGCUGGAUCCCAUGUACCGUGAGGCUCAGCGGAGUGACUCACCAUUCCACACGGGAGCGCUUCACAAUCAACUGCCGGACGAUCGACGUUGUCGGGUGCUUUUGAAGUGGUUCCGGAGACGGGCACCGAAACGACAGUAUGCGGCAUUGAGUGAAACCGACGAAGGCGCCGAUCGUGGACUGACGAUUGGCCAGCUCCUGGACCCGUUUCGGAGGGACAUCCGGAUCGCCGGCAUCAACCGCUGCGUACUGGUCUGCACCUUCUUCCUUUGUCCGUACCUGUUGAACGUGCUACUGGAGCCCAACCAAUCAGUGCGUAUACAGAAGUGGGUAGUGGCCGGCAUGUUUUACACCUCGAUUGGCAUUGCAAUACUGAACACUCAGUACCAGCAUGCCACCCGCGACAUAGGGCUGCGCAUCAAGUCCAUCCUGAUGGGCAUGAUUUACGAGAGCAUGACCGAUAAAGUGCCUCCCAAAGUAUCCAGCACCGUGUUAACGAAUGACACGGGUGCGUUCAUCACACUCAUGCUGGACCUGCACAUGAUGUGGUCCGGGCCCCUCAUCAUCGCCUGCACGAUCGGUGCUCUCUGGCUAGUGAUAGGCCCUAGCGCUCUUGUCGGCGUAGUUCAAAUGGCCGUAAUGAUCGCCUGCACAAAGUGGCUCUCAAAGAAGCUCGCCUCACUGCAGCAGGAAAUGAAACGCUGUCAGGACGAUCGUGUCCGGCUUACGACCGAAGCGAUCGAACACGCCCAGCAAAUUAAAGCGGAACAACUCGAAUCGUGCUUCGAACAGCGUAUUGACGAGCAUCGGACAAAGGAGUUGCGGUGCACGCUCCGCAGCAUAUGGUUCGAGGCCACCAAACAACUGCUCAGCAUCGUAACACCCAUCCUGGUGGCGUUCGAAACGUUCGUGUUCAUGGAGCUCGUCGGCAGUGGAUCCCGGCUUACGGUGCGCUCAAUGUUCGUGGCAAUCUCGCUGUUCAACAUCACGCGCUACCCGAUGACAAUGAUACCGACCCUGUUCACUAGCUGGAACAACGCCAAAGUGUCGCUGGAGCGCAUCAAUGUAUUUAUCCGCGCAGGACUGCACGGAAUCGAGUCAGAGACAGUGGUCGAACCGGCGGACUCGUCACAGGAACGGUUCCGCAUGGUUUCGCAACAAAUCACUACCCUCAUCUCAACACAAGUACUGAAAUUGGAAAGCGCAAACUUCGCUAUCGGCGAUAAGCAAAUAUUGCACAACAUUACGCUCACGGUGCUCAGAGGGAGCUUCACUGCCGUCUACGGUACGCACGGUGCAGGCAAAACUUGUCUCCUCCGAGCCAUCCUUGGUGCGAUCCCUCAGACAGCCGGCAAACGUAUGGUGGCGCCGGGAAAUUUUUCAUACUGUGCUCAAACUCCCUGGAUCCAGAACGAUACGAUCCGCAACAACAUCCUGUUUGGUCAACCGUACGAUCAGCCGCGAUACGAGGCAAUCAUCAGCGCCUGUUGCCUCGAAAAGGAUUUUAGGACCUUCCCCGAUGGAGAUGAACGUGUGAUAGGCGAGGGAUCGCUUUCGGGUGGUCAGGCACAGCGCGUCUCGCUCGCACGGGCCAUCUAUCAUGAGGCCAACGUUUACCUUUUCGACGAUCCUCUCCGAUCGCUCGAUAGCAACAUUUCCCGGAAGGUCUUUCAGCGGGUAUUUAAUCGGAAGACCGGUGUAUUGGCAGACAAAACGAUCAUUUUCGUGUCCCACAGCCUGGAGCACCUAAGGGCGGCCGAUACGAUCGUUACUGUAACGGAGGGACACAGCAAGAUACUGGAAACCAGAGAAUUCGUGCAGCACUACGAACAAGAGGAUGCCGUACAGUCAACGAACGAUUCGAAGGGAUCGUUGGAACGCAACAAAACGUUACACAAGUUGCUCAAGCAACAGACGAAGCUUCGGAAGCACGCGGAGAAGCGAAGCGAACACAACGUCCAAGGAACUGUGCCUUUGAAGAUUUACCGUGAAUUUGUGCGUCUGCUUGGUUGGUGUUGGAGUGGGGUAAUCAUUAUCCUGGAAGCUUCGGUGACCGUACUGGACAUCUACGUAACUGUGCUGUUAGCCGAAUGGGCCUCAACAGAGCGCACAAGCGAGGAAUCGGAUCGGAAGAGUAUCGCGACGAUCUGGUUCGUCGCCCUGAUCUUAACCGUUUGGUCGAUCCUGCUGUUCGUCAAGACUGGGAUGCUGCACGCUCGCGGUAGAUCAGUGGGCAAGGACGUCCAUCGCAGAAUGCUCUCCACCGUGCUGCGGCAACCAAUGGAGUUCUACGACACCACCGAUUCCGGCGUGAUUGUGAAUCGCUUCUCGAACGAUCUGAACAUCCUGGACUCGUGGAUCAUCGUAAACCUGCGCUCGGUCCUGAGCACAUUGUGCAGCGUACUUGGUACGCUGGGCCUGUUCGUGUACAAGCUUAGCAGCGUCUACAUUCUAUACACGUUUGUCACGCUAGCAGCUGUGGUGAUGCUCAUGUGCGGCCUAUGCUAUUUACUAAGUUACCACUUGCGCGUUGCGCGAACCCUUAAACGGUUCGAAGCUAGCUCGCGAUCGCCGAUCGUGUUGCAGUACAACGAAACAGUGCAAGGCAUUGAUACGAUCAAGGCGUACGGAGCGGAAGGCCGCUUCCAAGAGCAGUUUGUGGAGAAAGUAGACCGACAUCAGAGCUACGCCUACCAGAACCUUGCCGCCAACCGGUGGAUCGGAAUACGGUUGGAGUUUGUCGGCGUACUAGUAAUCUACUUGGUCAUGCUAGGGACCGUCACUGUCCAGUCCGAGGUGGGCUUGGCGUUCGUUGGUAUUAUCGUGACCCAUGUGCUGCGUCUGAUACCCUCGCUCAAUGCCCUGCUGGUGGCGGUUGGUCAGUUCGUAGAAAACGUCAUAUCGGUCGAGCGUCUCUUACAGUAUCUGGAUCUUCCGUGUGAACCUCUCGACGAAGGUCUACCAGUAGCAGCAAGCGGAGGGUUUCCGAGGGGAUCAAUCGAAUACCGUCACUUCUCGCUCACGCACGCCGACGAGUCGAAGGUACUGGACGACAUAAAUCUCUCGAUUCGUGCCGGUGAAAAGCUGGGAAUCAUCGGGCGAACUGGGGCCGGCAAGUCGAGUUUAAUCGGAGCCCUGUUUCGGUUCUAUCCCCGCCACACGUCAGGAGCGAUCCUGCUAGAUGGUUACGAGUUGGACCGAAUUUCACUCAAAAGCCUUCGCAGUUCACUAACACUUGUUCCACAGAGCACGGCCUUGUUCACGGGGCUGGUGCAAAGCUUCGUCGAUCCACAGGCGCGGAAUUCGAGUGAGACCAUCAUCUCCACCCUAGACCGUUGUGGCCUCAGGCACAUAGCACUCGGUGCGGCUCUCGAGCAGCUGUCCGUUGGCGAACGACAGCUGCUGUGCCUGGCUCGGGGACUGCUCCGAGACACACCGAUCAUCGUGUUGGAUGAGGCCACAUCGGCCGUGGACACUGCCGCGGAAGCCAGCAUUCUGCAAGUGAUUCGUGAACACUUUCACGACCGUACCGUGCUGAUGAUUGCCCAUCGGCUGCACACCGUGCAGAAUUGUGAUCGUAUCGUGUGGAUAGAGGAUGGGAGAAUUAAGAAACUGGCGGUUCCUGGCGAUUACACCGACGGUGACUGGAGUGCGCUACAAUCGGGCGAAUAG